AUGAAUAUUUGGAGUAAACUAUUCAUUUGAUAUCAUAAUUAAAAAGAUAACAAAAAUUCUCAUACAUCUUUAAUAGUAUUUUAUCCUAAAAAAAAAUUAAUUGAUUUAAUUCAUUUUUUUUUUGAAAUUUGNAUUUUUUCUUAGGAUAAACCUUACCGACAAUACUUUUCCACGGAUUAGGCGAUAGUUGCUAGUAUUCUUCUCUAAAACCUUUUUUUUCUGGAAUUAACGCUAAUUGUAUAGAAAUAGGUUCUGGACCAUCAUCAUCCAUCUUAUUAGGAUUUUUAGAUUAAGCUAAAGAUGCCUGUAAAAAAGUUUAGGAAAAAUAUACAGGUUAAACAAUAAAUGUUGUUGGCUUAUCAUAAGGUGCCUUAAUUGGCAGAUAUAUUAUUACAGAUUGUGAUUUAAAUGGUGGGAGAGUGUCUAAGUAUUUAUCUAUAGGUGGACCUUAAAUGGGAGUUUCAGUAAUUCCUCAUUGCGAUAGUUAUUUGUGUUGGCCAUUAAAUAAAGUUGUUGAUUCAUUAGUUUACACUGAUUAUGUUUAAUAACAUAUAGGGCCAGCUGGAUAUUUUAGGAACUACGAAGACUUAGACUCUUAUCUAAAAUAUAAUCAUUUUCUUCCUGAUUUGAAUAAUGAACGAAAUCCACAAAUUUCAAGAAAAUAAAAGGUAGAAAAAUUUAUAAUAUUUUUAGUUUUCUUCCCUUGAUUAAGUUAUGCUUGUGAAAUUUUUAUAAGAUGAAAUGGUUAUUCCUAAAGAAACUGCAUUUUUUGAGUCUGUGGAUCCUAAAACAGGCUAGGUUAUUUCUCUAGUAGACUCAGAAUUUUACAUUUAGGAUCUAAUUGGUAUAAAGCAAUUAGAUUAGUAAAGAAAAAUCAAAUUUAUUGAAAUUGAUGAUUCUCAUUUAAAAUGGUCAGAUGAAAUUACUUAAACUGUAUUUAUUCCAUUUCUAGUUUGA